AUGCCUACCACUGGGCUGUACUCGCAGCUACACACGGAUGAAGACUACAAAUUGCUGGUUCUGAACUCAGAAUUGCUAGCAGCCCUCGAAGCGGGCAGUAAGCUUGAGUUCAAAGCAUCAAGUCCAGAGGACUCGGUGGUUCUCUGCUCGAAGAACAAGACGUGGCUCCUGAGACAGAAAAAUCACUCGAACACCGCUCUUGUGAUGAGGGAAUUCAUACCAGAAGACGUGUCUGACAGUGGAAUUCGUCUCCCUCCCGGAGUCGAAGAGCCAUCAAUGUAUCACCUUGCAUAUACCAAGCAAAGUAAAGAGUUAGAGGCGCGUUUAACUAAAGGCGACAUCGAUAUCAGUAUGCUGCCGAUUUAUACAGGGGACUAUCAGGACUUUAAGGAAACCCUGCAGCGGUCGAACGCCGUUCGAUGGACGCUGAAGGCCUUACAAAAAUAUUCGCCAUGUUCCGAUGAGGAAUUUGCCAGAAAGUGGCCCAUUGUUGGAGGCUGUGUCGUGGACGAUGUGGCCUGCAUCUUGUCUCAAGACUUUAUCUCGAGGGUUCUGCAUAUAUUGCUCAUGAGUUGCAUGGCAGAAUCGCUCGACUUCGAAGCGCUUGAUAUGUCGCAAGUAUUCGCUGCUGUGAACAAGGACAUGGGGGAAGGCGAGGAAUUCAACCCUUUCACUUUGGAUGUGGUUCGCACCGUUGUUGGAAAGUUUUCUAAGGUGACAGAUGAAGGAAAAUACGCUAUUCAGCGCAAGGCCGUAAGCCAAUGGUAUGGCGUGGAAGCGCUAAAGAAGUAUGCAUCCCGUGUUAUGAUUUCACAAGAAGAGUUUAUGAUAAAAUGGAAAUCUUCAUUUCCUCCAUACUUCACCUGCGAUUUGGAUUUCGCCGCGUUACGGGGUUGUUUUUACCGUCCCUUGGGAAGAAGCAUACAGUACUUUUCGAAGCAGACCCUCCCCGAUGAUCCAAAAGAGAGGUUUGCGUACCUUUUCAAACUACAAUCUAGCUGGGAACUGGAGGAGAUGAUUCCGUACAUUGAACAACUGAACACGAAGGGCGUAAAAAUCGAUAAUUUCGUCAUGAAGUAUGCUAGGAGAAAGAGACAAGGCAAGCGCACGCUGGUGAGCGCACGCUGA